GCGCGCUCCACUCAGUUGUCAUACAGGCUGUGUUAAGUCCAGGCAUCAUCCUGUGCUACUUCCUCUGCUAUUAUGUUCUGACAGUGGCUGAAUUCUGAGGCCAAGAGAAGCGAGCAGCAGUAGCAUCCAGCAGAACAAAUCCAGUCUUUGCACCAGAGAGUAUAAGAGUGAACUAUGGAGGCGAACAAGAAACAGCAUAACCCAAACCCUAAAGCGACUGCCAAUCCGAUCUCCAAGUUGUUCCUCUGGUGGACCAGGAAACUGCUGUGGAAGGGCUACCGGCGCGAGCUGGAGGAACACGACCUGUACACGCCUCUGGAGAACGACCAGUCCCAGGUGCUGGGCAACCGCCUCGAAAGAGCAUGGAAGAAGGAGAUCGCGAAGGCGAGGCAAGCAGGGAAGGGGAAGAAGCCGAGCCUGCUGAGCGCCAUCUUCCGCGCCUUCUGGCUGCAGUACGCCGUCUACGGCGUCAUGUUGGCCAUCCAGUGCCUCGUCAUCAGGAUAGCGCAGCCUCUGCUGCUGGGAGAGCUGAUCAAGUACUUCUCCGAGGGGAACGUGGACAUCAGACAGGCGUACUACUACGCGGGCGGCAUGAUCGCCACCGUGUACUUCCUCAUCUGCUUCCAGCACCACUACACCAUGGGCACCGCGUGUAUCGGCAUGCGCAUCAGGAUAGCUUGCUGCUCGCUGCUCUACCGCAAGGUGUUGCGGCUGAGUAGGGCCUCAAUGGACCAGACGGCGACGGGCCAGAUCGUGAACCUCAUGUCGAACGACGUGAGCCGGUUCGACCUGUGCCCGCAGUAUUUGCACUGGAUGUGGAUCUCCGUCAUCCAGGUGCCCAUCGUCACCUACUGCCUCUGGCGCUACGUCGGCAUCGCCGCCAUCAUCGGCUUCUGCUUCAUCUUCAUGAUCACCAUCCCUGUACAAGGUUAUUUGGGAAGAAUAACUUCACGGCUACGGAAACAGAUCGCUGUGCGAACGGAUGAACGUAUGAAACAGAUGAACGAGAUCGUGUCGGGCAUACAAGUGAUCAAGAUGUAUGCGUGGGAGAAGCCAUUCGCCAAACUUGUCUCGUUAGCCAGAAGGAGUGAAAUAGACGUGGUGACGAAGACAUCCUAUGUGCGAGGCUACUACCUAUCUUCACUGGUGUUCGUCGAAAGGUCGUCGCUUUUUGUCACCCUCAUGGCCUACUCCCUGUUAGGAAACACGGUGUCCGCUGACAAGGUCUUUGCAAUGGCGCAAUUCUACAACGUGCUGAACCAAACGAUGGCGUCCUUUUAUUCUCUGGCCGUGGCGAAUGCAGCUGAAACCUACGUCACCAUCAGACGCUUACAGAGAUUUCUGCUUCUGGAUGAAAAUGAUGGGUUGCCAGAGCCAAAUGCCAAUACCACACUGACACGAAAGAUGGCACCAACUGGUGUGCAGCUGGUAGAUGCAAGUGCACGAUGGAGCCGUAUUUCACAGAAUGACACACUGAGUGACAUCAAUCUAACUGUCAAACCAGGACAGCUGUGUGCUGUUAUAGGACCUGUUGGUUCUGGAAAGAGUUCUCUGCUACAUGCUGUCCUGGGUGAACUACCUCUCAAGACAGGUCAUAUGAUUACUGGAGGAUCUAUUGCAUAUGCCUGCCAGGAACCAUGGAUUUUUGUUGGGUCAGUUCGCCAAAACAUUCUUUUUGGACAGCCAUAUCACCCAGAGAAAUACCGAGAGGUAGUGCGAGUGUGUGCUUUGAAAAGAGACUUUGAGAUGCUGCCGUAUGGAGAUCGUACUCUUGUAGGAGAGAAAGGAAUUUCUCUAAGUGGUGGUCAGAGGGCAAGAAUUAAUCUGGCAAGAGCUGUGUACCGCAAUGCAGACAUCUACUUAUUGGAUGACCCUCUCUCAGCUGUCGAUACUCAUGUUGGAAAACAUCUCUUUGAUGAAUGCAUAAACUCUUACCUCGCAAAUAAAACACGGAUUUUGGUUACUCACCAGUUGCAGUACCUCCAAGAUGCUGACAUCAUUGUCAUUCUGAACAAUGGUCGUAUUGAAAAUAAAGGUACAUUUGUUGAGAUGCAACGUAGUGGCCUGAAUUUUGCAAAACUGCUGGCUGGGAAUGAAGAAGAGAAGCCUGAUGAUGAACCACCCAAAAGGCAGAGACUUGUCUCUGAAAUGUCAACAACUAGUCGCACCCAAGAAGAAGAAGAUGUCAAGAACUUGCGAGGCCCUGUAGAGAACAAGGAGAUCCGAACAACUGGAGGUAUCAGCUGGACAGCAUAUGGACAAUAUCUGCGAGCAGGUGGAAAUGCGUGCUUCCUUCUCUUUGUUGCAGCUAUGUUAAUCAUUGCUCAAACAGCUACAAGUGGUGCUGACUACUGGGUUACAUAUUGGACACGUGAAGAGGCAAAGCGGCGUCAACCUGUAUACGAGUUUUUUGUGAAUGGCACAUUAGUAGCAACAGAGUACAAUACACAUGAUCAGGUGCCUGUUAUGUUCUCAAAAACCACAUCCAUCGGUAUUUAUGGAGGGGUUGUGUUAGCAUGCAUCCUCCUCACCAUCUCACGGUCAAUGCUGUUCUACAAACUUUGUAUGAAUGCAUCAAUGAGACUACACGACCGCAUGUUUGAUUCUAUUCUUCGUGGAGCUAUGCGCUUCUUUGACACAAAUCCUUCUGGCAGAAUCUUGAAUCGAUUUUCAAAGGACAUGGGGGCUAUUGAUGAACUUCUUCCAAGAGCACUUCUUGAAGCAAUUCAGAUAUUCCUUGUUAUGUCUGGAAUAUUUGCUAUGGUUUUGUAUGUAAACUACUGGUUGGUGCUUCCAAUGGUCGUGAUUGGCACCAUAUUCUAUCUUAUCUCUUGCGUAUUUAUGUCAACAGCACGAAAUGUGAAGAGACUUGAAGGAAUAACACGGAGUCCUGUUUUCUCCCAUCUUUCGGACUCAUUAAAUGGACUCACUACAAUAAGGGCAUCUGGCACACAGGAUAUAGUGAGAAAAGAAUUUGACAGCCACCAAGAUCUGCAUACGUCAGCAUGGUUCCAGUUCAUUGCUACUGGAACAGCCUUUGGUUUCUGGCUUGACUGUUUGAGUGCAAUUUUUGUUACACUUGUCACAUUCAGUUUUCUUGUUCUCGGAGGAGAUGUACCAGGAGCAAAUGUAGGAUUGGCUAUCUCACAGUCACUGAUCCUGACAGUUAUGGUCCAACAUGGAAUUCUGCAGAUCACUGAAGUUGUCAGCCAAAUGACCUCGGUAGAGCGAGUGCUGGAGUACACCAAUAUAGAAAAGGAACCAAGUUUAGAAUCUGAAGAGGGAAGGAAACCAGAUGAAAAAUGGCCAUCUAGUGGACGCAUUGAAUUUAGGAAUAUGUGUCUGCAAUACAGUGAAGCUGAUCCUCCAGUCCUGAAGGAUCUAAACUUUGUCAUUCAACCAAGGCAUAAGGUUGGAAUUGUGGGACGAACUGGUGCUGGAAAAUCCUCUCUCAUAUCAGCUGUAUUCCGCCUAGCUAAAGUAAAAGGAGAAAUUACAAUUGAUGGCAUUGAAACUGGCAGUAUUGGUCUACAUGAUCUGAGGAAGCAUAUUUCCAUUAUACCCCAGGAACCUGUUCUUUUUUCUGCCUCACUGAGAUCAAACUUGGACCCCUUUGGUGAAUUUGAGGAUCACUUACUGUGGAGUGCUUUGGAAGAGGUGGAACUAAAAUCAGCUGUUCAAAGCCUGGACUUUAUGGUGACUGAGGGUGGUAGUAACUUCAGUGUGGGUCAGAGGCAGCUGGUGUGCUUGGCAAGAGCUAUCCUACGAAACAACAAGAUAUUAGUUUUGGAUGAAGCAACUGCUAAUGUUGACCCAGAGACUGAUGCCCUUAUCCAAGAAACCAUACGUAAAAAAUUUAACGACUGUACAGUUCUUACCAUAGCACACAGGCUGAACACAAUUAUGGAUUCUGACAGAGUCCUUGUAAUGGAUGCAGGAACAAUGGUGGAGUAUGAUCACCCAUACAAGCUAUUGCAGAAUCCUGAUGGUUAUUUCUACAAGCUUGUUCAAGAGACUGGGAAGAUUAUGGCUGAGAAUCUCUUCUUAGUAGCACAGCAGGCAUACAGAAAGACAGUAGAAGGAGAUGCUGUUGUGGAGAAUGAAACAACAAAGCUCUAAAGAACAUUAAAGGUGAAACCUACCUUCAUUAAUAAGUGUAUAUGGGGCUUCACACAUCAUGCAGCUUUAAACAUCAGAUGCCACUAUGUACUACUGUAGUACAUGAGGUUCUAGUGUGAAUGAUGUUCACUGGGACACAAUUGUCAAAAACAUACCAGCAAUAUACUGGGAGACUGAGUGAAUGUUUGACAAAGUGACGAUGGAUCAAUAUAAAUGAAAAAGACGUAAAUUUAGUGCACUAUAAGACAGUCGUAAAGUGAGGCACUUCUCACUUAAUGUUUCAUUUCUCUAUAGAAACACUGAAUUACAUGACUGAAGAGAAACUAGAAAAGUGAUUUCAAACUAUCAAAAAUAUGUAAAAGCUGUUACUUUGAGGGCCUUUUUACAGUAUUCAGUAUUGGAAACAAUAUUAUUUUUACUCUGUGGAGAUAUGUUUGUACAUGUAUGUGAAUCCACACGUAUGAGUGGGAGUGGAUAUUACAGUGAGUGUGUGUGUGUGUGUGUGUGUGUGUAUGAGAGAGAGAAAGAGAGAGAGAGAGAGAGAGAGAGAGAGAGAGAGAGAGAGAGAGAGAGAGAGAGAGAGAGAGAGAAAGAGAGAGAACAGAGUACCAUGAACUGUGAUUAUUUAUUUGUAAAAUGUUAUAAUAAAUUGUUUCCUUUACAAUUAAAUACUUUCUCCUUGUCUUUAAAAAUAUGAUUACUUUUUGGGCAUUUACUUUACAAUGCUUACCACUUCUGAAAUUUAUGCUCAGUGUAUAUUACACUCAACAUACAUUUAUUGCCAAAUUUAUUGAAAAGUUGCAUUGAAUUACAUUUGUGGUAAAUUCAGCUUUCAUUUGAAUGUAAUUGUCUCAAUGGUCAGUCAGCUUUGGAGCAAACAUGAACUGCCCAUUGCUGAAUACUAAAUGCAGUGAAUGAAUUAAUGUAACCAUAGAUUAGGUUUAUCCACACCAUUUCCUUUUAAUUUAAAAAAAAUUGUGUUCACAUUCCUUUGAGAUCAAUGCACAUUCUAGACAACUGUGUAAAAACUGUGAUGAUUAUAGACAAGCUACAUAAUAAAGAGUAAUAAUUAUUUUAUCAUUUCUUCUGGUAUUUUUAGUAAUGCUGAUGAAUGUGUCAAAAUACUUUCAAGCUACUUAUUCUUUUGGUUUUUAAUGAAUCUCGGAACUUUAUGCUAACAGACUGUUGAUCUGGGUAUCUGCAACCACUGGAAAGCACUUUUUAGAUAUUCACUGAUCCACUAGAGAUAUUGUAGAAUAUUAUUUUAUAAAAUAUUGUAUUUUAAAUUUGCAUCAUCACCACUAUGAAGCAUUCAAAAAUGCCUCCAAACUAAUUAAAGAUCAUUAUAACUUUUUUGCAUUAAUGUUAUGGGUUAUUGGCACAGACCAUGACCACUUAUAAUUAAAAUUUAAAUAUUCUCUCUUGUGGUUUUACUAAAGAUAUUACAUCAGUUGAAGUAUGUGAAUACUUUCAUUCACUGUAUUUCUGACUGCAUUAAGAUAAUUUAUCUCAUUAUGACUCGCAAAUUGCUUAAAGUUCCUACAAUUCUGCUGUAUUUGUUUAUCAUAUAUUAAACAAUGGAUACUCCUGGAUGGAAUGUAACAAUAUCAUGAAAAGGAUAGUUGCUACUCACCAAAUAGUGGAGAUGCUGAAUCGCAGAUAGGCACAACAAAAAGACUGUAAGAAAGUGAGCUUUCGGCCAACAAGGCCUUUGUCGAAAAUAGACAACAUACGCACACGCACACAUUCAAGCAAAUGCAACUCACAAACACAUGGCCACAGACACAUGACCACAGUCUCUGGCUGCUGAGGCCAGAGUCUUGGCAUCAGCAGCCAGAGACUGUGAUCAUGUGUUUGUGAGUUGCAUUUGCUUGAAUAUGUGUGUGUGUAUGUUGUCUAUUUUCGACAAAGGCCUUGUUGGCCGAAAGCUCACUUUCUUACAGUCUUUUUGUUGUGCCUAUCUGCGACCCAGUAUCUCCUUUAUAUGGUGAGUAGCAAUGACCCUUUUCACUAUUUUGUCAUAUAUUACCAGCACAACCACAAAUAUAGCCUGCCCCAGAAAAUAUCUGUUAUCUGGCUAUGGGAACACAGUACAUUUAAGCUGAAGAGCUUUGUUCUGUGCUUUUUCUUCUGUGUGAAUAUUGAGAUUAUUUAAGUCACUCAUGCAGUCUUUUCUUAUUUUAGUUUUUACAACACUCAAGCAUCAAGACUAAAAAUUUGGCUCUUAACAGCUUAGGGCCCGGUUAGAGGUUAUAAAAGAUGUGCCACAUACACACAAUUGUUCCAAUGAUACAUCUUGAUGGAUCGUUCUUUCCAAAAAUGUUUUUUAUCCAUUGCAAAUAUGUAUUACACUGGCAAAAAGAUGACACAUUUGAACCUCUCUAACAUUUAUAAUGUGCCAAUUGUAAAUAAACAAUGAUGCUAACAUUUUAUUAAACCUGCUGCCUCUGAUGUAGAGGCAGAUGUUAAUGUACAUAAAUUGGAGGAUGCCUUGUACAAAGAGUUAACUGUUGCCACAUCUGUUGUACCUGGAAAUGUUUUUACUACUUUAAGUUGGACUUGUUUUUUAAAGUUU